AACCCACAACCACUCGGGCGUGCAUAAAGCUAGUAUACUAAUAGACUCGAUCAACGUAAUAAGACACAAAAUUAUAUACUCUUAAUCUACCAGUUCCAGUAACUUAAAUAGAGAAUUGACCUUAAUUACUGUAAAUCAAUCAAUAAUUCCUCGUUUUAAGAUAGAUUUAGGUUGUGGUAGCUGCAACAACCAUAAACCUAAAGAUUCAAUAGCCACUACUCUUUGUUGUACAACCAAAUUUUUAUCCCCUCUAUCUUCAAUCUCAUGAGGCAUUUGUUUUAACCCAAAAUUCACUUUCUAAUCUUCCUCGUGCAACUCUAUUUCUGGUACUUUGAUGGACCUUCUCUUUGUGGCCCUCAAUUUCUCCCUCAAUUUCUCUUCCAAUUGGGAUUCUUGUCAAAUAGCUUUUCAACUCCUCAAUCCUCUUCUUGUAUUUGGCCAACUCAACUUCCGUAGGUGCAGUUGUAAUAAACUCAGUAAAACCAAUCCUCAUCUCCAAUUCCAUCAAUAUGCUUAUCUCCUCCUCGGCUACCUUCACUUAGUUCAGUUUACUUCCGUGCCCUUUAAUACCCUCUCCAUUUUCAUUAACAUCCUCAUCAUCUCUUACUUCUCUCUCUUCAACUACUCCAGUUUUGCUUCCAUGUCUUUCAAUACCCUUCUCAAUUCGAUCACUACCCUUACCAACUCCCUCUUCUCUGCCUUCACCUGAUGUAGUUGAACUUUACUUGCUACCAAAUCCAAACACAAUUUUUCCCCCACCUCCCAACGUAAUAUUGCGUGUAGGCUUAAUUUUAGCAAUCAUUAUGGCUGGCAAUUAUAUUGAUGGACAGAAAACAUCGACAAAUCAAUAGUGUCUUACUCAUCCUAAAACCAUAUUAAAAUUUGAUCAAUGGCAUGGACCAUAAGAGUCGAGAUAAUAUGAUUGCUGACAAAAUUAGAUAUAACAAAACAAAACCUGAACGGAAAUAUUGUAAUUGAAAAGAUUUUUUUUUUCAAUAGCUAAGCAAAGAACAAAAAAAAAAGUAUAGCAAACAAACAAGCAAGAAAUUAGAUAGGGUGCUAAGAAAGUACGACUGCCCCUAUUCUACACAAACAAUUAUUUGAUUCCAAACAAAUCUAUCACCCAAACCAUCUUCAAAUUCCUUGUUUAUAUUUGAUAGGCUUAAUACACAUACAUAGCCAUAACUAUUCACUUUGUGACAAAUAUAGCCAAAUUUUGAAAAAUACACUAAUUUGGCCAUUCCAUCCAAAAACUUAACGAUAACUUUACUGAUGCUGACUAGACUGAUGUUGUUUGAUGAUGUGGCACUUUUUUUUGUCAAAACUCAAAACUAAUAACCGAUGGAAUUGGAACUUUAUUAUUAUUGUAAUUAUAUGGAAAACAAAAAUAAUGAAAAGUCGUCUUUUCCUCUUCCAAGGAAUAAAAAUUGAAGCCUCCAUCUACCAGAAAUGGAUUCUCCUCUGGUUCUCCCAAACUCGAUCACCACCACCACUCCUUCCAUUCCAUUCCGAUCUGGUGGCAUGUGCUGCUCUAAUCCCCUUUGCAACUCGUCAGAGGAAUCUUCAAACAUUCAUAAUCUCCAAUCUCUCUGACAUUGUCAAUCAUACCCACCUAUUGAACGACGAAAUCCUCCCAAGAUCCUGUCUUUCCUGCCCGACUCCCAGAGGAAAUCUAACUGCCUUGUCUGCAAGCGCUGGCUCAAUCUUCAAUGUCGCCUUGUUAGUUCGAGCGGGUACGGGUAGUGGGAGGUGGAGAGAGAAAGAAGAGGACGAGAGGGAGAAGGGAGCAAUGGUGGAGCGCCAAUCGCCAUCCUGGCUGGCCCUGCAACCAGUGCCUAGCUUGGUUGGAGCCCAAAACGACGAAGGAGGAGUAAAGGUUUGGGACGGUGGCGGUGGGUAAGGCCGAAAGGGGAAUUUUUGUUAGUAAAUCAGAAUAUGGUGGAAACUGUUGUAUCUUAGUAUUGACACUACAUAGAGUUUAUAUAGAGUAUAAAGAUUGACUUCUAUAAUAAACCUUAACACUAAUACGACUCUGAUAAGGAAUAUAAUCCUGACCAAUUACAUAACUGUACUCGUAGUAUAACAUAAUACUACUCGUACUACACAUACUCUAACACCCUCCCCAAAUUGAUGGUAAUUACUUACCAACAAUUUGAAAACCGAAACAAAACCGACACAAAUUACUAUGAACAAUGUGACUGAAAAAAACAAUGAAAAACAUAACUGCUCCGCCAAAUAUGCCGAUGUCGAUGAAGACCAUGUCCAAUGCCUCGUGAAACGUCGAUGGUGAUAAGCUGGAGAUAACAAAAAGGUCUUGCCAAAGUCGUCUAGUUCGUCGAACUAACAGAACCACGUGCUCCGAACAGCAUCAUGGCAAUGAGGAUGCUCCGAAUAGCAUCGUCGAAACAGAAACAGAACCACGUGUUUCGAAUAGCAACAUGGUGAUCAUGAUGCUCCAAAUAGCAUCAUCGAAACAGAAACGGAACCAAAAAUGCUCCGAACAGCAUUUAUCCAAUUGAGAUAGUCCGAACAAUAUCUCAAACUAAGGUGUUCCGAACAACACCUCCAUGACCGAAACAAAGCAAUCACAGGGACGAAACCUAUGGUUGUACCAAACCAAACCGAGACGAACUUAAAUGAUUCCAGCUGAAAUCUUUUCCAAUCUCCACCAUAACCAACCAAUCAAAACUGCAUCAAAUUACUUCAUAUCCACUUAACGAAGCAAUCCAAUCCGAAAUGCAACCCAAAUUCACUUGAAGACAAACAGAACCCAAAAUUCCCAUGUCCAAUAUUCCGGAUACUUGAUGCGAAAUAAUACCGAGAAGACUGCGUGCACGAACCUGGGAUUGUAGUAAAAGACUGACCAAAAUGAAUAUGAUCUUGUGAACUGGAGAUAAACAGAAGCUUGACGACGAUCGAAAUGAUGACAACGUAGCUGUUAUUCUUGCCGACCAACAGAGCAGAUUAGCGGUGACACUUGGGCAAACAAAUCACGCUCGGACACUGCCUUUGUAACUUCACAAGGACUCGGGAAAAGAAAGAAAGAGACUAUUGGGGGAUUUUAUUUUCUUUUAAACACAUAAGCUACAACUAAAAACAAUAAUCAGGGAGAGUGAUCAGAUCAUGGUUGGGCAAUGAUCAUAAUCGUAUGUCGGGCGACUGGGCAGUUACUGACAUGUCAGUAAUAAAUAGGGACCGUAGAU